AUGUUGCGACUCGCUUGGGUUCUUCGCCGUUCGGAUGGCCUUAACGGAGGCAGUUCUAUGACACUAGGUUCAAAGGGAAUGAAAUUGUCACCUGCUCCGCAUCGGAGACGUAUGCCCUGGACGGCUGCGAAAGAAUACUUUCCAGGUGUUGUUUUAAAUGCCAAGGAAAAGAUUAUAUUAGAUGGAGUUCAAUUGGUAGAUGUGGAAAACAUUGAUCGAGCUUCACAAGUGGAUCCACUUGAAGUACUAAAAGCUACAGUGGCUACAUAUGAAUUUAACACAUCAACAGGAAAAAAUAUUUUUCAGUUGGCAUCUCAGGUAGAAUUUAAUGGUCGGGGACAAAGAUUUUACAGAAAAGAAUGGCAAGAAGGAACAUAUGAUAAGUAUGUUACACUUUCAGCUGUUGAUUUUAAUCGUGAUGGAAACAAAGGAACUGCAUAUGGGUAUAUAACUUUCCACGGUGAAACCACUACACGACCAGUACAAAUCGAUUUUGCUGAUGUUCCAGGAUGGCUAAUGGAAUUCAAUAAAGAACGAGCCGUUCCCUUUACUGAAAUUGUACCACCACCGCCAAGCAUUGGGACUGAAGUUCCAGUGGAUCCACGUUCGUACCGUCUAAAGGCGUAUCCAUAUUAUGAUGCGCCAAAUCCACCCGAGUUUGUUGAGCGAUUGUUAAAGGAUCGCGGUGUACUGCCAGAUACCCCGACAGAAGCGGCAGAUCCCUCCACAGAACCUGGUGCUGGCGAAGAAGACGGUUCCACGCAUCACGCACCAAAAUGA